AUGAUUCUGGCGGAGUACCGGAACUAGUGCACAGGUUACUGCCUAAGCACCGCCUCAUAAUAGAAUACAGCAGAGAUAGAGUUAAUGAAGCACUAAUAUCAGCCACCAGUGAAGGAAAGAGAGAAACGUGAGAAAAAACGGACAAAUCUAAGGCAUAAGAAACUCAAUCUUCUCUAGCGGCUGCAACAGGAGUUACGUCAUCAUCUCUCUUCUCUUUUCUCUCUCUCCUUCAUUGGUGGCUAAUAUUAAUACUUCAUUAACUCUGUCUCUACUGUAUUCUAUUUCUCAUACCUUGUCAUUACUCUCCUCUCUGUUGAUUUAUUAGUUGUGAGGUGUGUUUAUCUUCUUUGGACCAUAAUAAUCAAAGUCUUAUUUUAUUAUAACUUAUUCUACAUUUUCAUUAUUAUUUAUAUAUUAGAAGCCUUAUUGUACUUGUAUUCUCAUGUUUACAUUGCAUUGACAGGUCAAUCUAUGUCCAUUAAAAUCUUGUUUCAAAUACUAUUUCCUAACAAACUAGUAUCAGAACUUAAUUAAAGUCUUAUUUCAGCACAAAUAAAGAUACAAGAUAUCUACUAAGUUUGAUAUUGAGAAGUUCGAUUGAAGCAUCAGCUUCAAAAUAUGACAGGUCAAGAUGAGAGCCCUCUUGGCCCACUAAGGGCUACAUAAAGUAUUAUUAGAAAAAGAGAAAAUGUCAAACACUAUGUCUAUGGAAGUAAAACAGGAAUUAGACGACAAUGUUCUUAAUGUGAUUCAACUUUAUUUGUCCAGUGAGGUUCUGCAUGAAGUCAUUCAUAAAACUAUAACAGAUGUGCUAUGGUUGAAGUUGAAAUCAUUUUAUAUAACCAACAAAUUAUUUCUGAAGCAAUAUUUAUUCACCUUGAUGAGUUUAAAUCUAUUUUACUAGAUUUAGAAAAUAUUGAUGAAAGAGUAAAGGAGGAAGACCAAGCCAUGUUUUUGCUAUGUUCUUUACCACUGUUAUAUAGACAUUUUCAAUAAAGUUUCUUAUAUGGUAGAGAUACCAUAUCUAUUGAAGAUGUUAAAUCUUCUUUAUUUUCGAAAGAGUUAAUUGAUAAAGAUAUGACUAUUAUUUUGAAAAGACAGCAACUUGAAGGUCUUAUUGCAAGAGGUAAAUCUAAGGAGAAAAGUUAAAGAGAAAAUAGAGUUGAGUCAAGAUUCAAAUCAAAAUUCAGAAAUAAGUUUUGUAAUUAUUGUCACAAGAAAGAACAUGUGAAGACUGAUUGUUAUAAACUCAAGAGAAGGCAGCAAGAAGACUCUAGGGAGUCUAAUCGUGCUUGAAAGUUCAACACAAGCUAGUGUUAUCAAAGACGAGACUCAUAAUUUUGUUCUUUCUAUUCAUACCAUCAAAUCUAAAGAUGAUUGGAUCUUAGAUACAAGUUGUACAUACUGUAUGACUCCUCAUAGAAAGUAUUUUUUCACUUAUGAACAGAUCAAUGGUAGAAAUGUCUUAAUAGAAAAUAAUGCCCCAUGUAAGAUUGUUAGUAUUGGCACAAUGCGUAUCAAAAAAUUUAAUGGUAUCAUAAGAAUAUUAUCUAAUGUUGGACAUGUUCUCCAUUUGAAGAGAAAUCUCAUUUCUUUAAACACUUUUGAAGUUAAUGGUUGCAAAUAUUUAGAUGAAAAUAGAGUCAUAAAAGUCAACAAAGAAGUCAUUGUUGUGAUGAAAGGACAAAGAUGUGGUACCCUCUACAGUUAAUUAGGGACCACUAUUUUUGAUUUAGUCGCUACAACAUCUACUUUAAUGACAGAAGAAGAUGUCACCAAAUUGUGGCAUAUGAGGUUUGGACAUAUGAGUGAGAAAGGAAUGAAUCUAUUAAGCAAGAGAGGCUUGUUUUAUGGGUAAAGUACCAGCAAAGUUAAAUUUUGUGAGCAUUCUAUUUUGGGUAAGCAUAAAAGAGUUAGCUUUCAAAUGGCAACUCAUAAGACCAAGGGUACUCUUGAUUAUAUCUACUUAGAUCUUUAGAGUACUUCUCGUGCUCCUUCAAAAUGUACUACUCAUUAUUUUCUAUCAUUUAUUGAUGAUUUUUCUCAAAAAGUUUGGGUAUUCAUGCUUAAGCAUAAAUUUGAAGUUUUUAUGUAUUUUAAAUAAUAGAAGGCUUUGCUCGAAAGAUAAACUAGAAAGAAAAUCAAAAGGCUAAGGACUAACAAUGAUUUAGAGUUUUGCUUCACUGAAUUUAAUGAUUUUGGUAAAAAUGAAGGUAUUGUUAGGCACAAGGCAAUUCGUUAUACUCCAUAGCAAAAUAAAAUUGCAUAAAGAAUGAAUAGAACUCUACUAGAAUGAGCUGGUUGUAUACUAUUAUCUACUUGUCUUGGUCAAAACUUUUGGGUAGAAAUAGUGUCUAUAGCUUGUCAUCUUGUGAACAAAUCUCCAACCUCUGCCAUCAAUUUCAAAACUCCUGAAGAAGUCUGGUCAAGUAACCCUCCUAGUUAUUCAAACUUAAAAAUCUUUAGUUGUCCAACAUAUGUUUAUGUAAAUGAUGGCAAGUUAGAGCCUAGAGCUAAAAAGUGUAUCUUCCUCAAUUAUGUCUCUAGAGUCAAAGGAUACUGGUUAUGGUUUUUUAAUCCUAAAUCUCCUAAGCUUUUACUUGAGAGAAAUAUUAUUUUUGAUGAAACUACAAUUCUACAUCUAAGAGAAAGGAUGUUUGCCCCUAAAAUUAUAGAUUAGAAUGAUAGUACUCUAAACUAGGUGGAGUUAAAUAUAUCUAAUUCAGAUAAGAUGUCUUUCCAACAAGAGCAUAUUUCAGUGCCUGAUACGCAUUAUGUGGAGAUAUCUCCACAAAAUCAGAAUUACUUUCUUCCCUGUGAUCAGUCAAGGAGAGAGACUAAGCCACUAUUGAGAUAUGGAUAUGUUGAUAUAGUCACUUAUGUAUUGACCAUAGUUGAAAAAACUUUGAAUCUGAAUGAACCUUCCAAGUUUUCUGAUGCAAUAUCUCAUGAGGAUGUAAACAAAUGACUAGUUGCUAUUGAGGAGAAAAUUAAAUCUCUCCAUAAAAAUCAGACUUGGGAGUUGGUGGAGGCUCCCAAAGGACAGAAAGUCAUUGGCUACAAAUGAGUUUUGA